AUGUUGCUCAACGCUGAGACUGCCAUCUCGACCUCGAAGGUCCUACUCGUCCCAUACUCAACAUGGCACGUUCCCCGCUAUCACGAAUGGAUGCAAGAUGAGGAAAUCCAAGAAGCAACCGCUUCAGAACCGUUAACUCUUGAAGAAGAAUACUCCAUGCAACGCAGCUGGCGCCAAGACGCUGACAAGCUGACCUUUAUCACCUGCCGACCAGUAACACAGCCCGGCACCAACUCAACACAAAUCAAAUUGUGUCCCGAGGAUGAGUCCGCGGCAAACAUGAUCGGAGAUAUCAACCUCUUCCUCCGUGUCGAAGAUGGCGAAGACGGAGACGCACCCCCACAAAUCGUGGGCGAGAUCGAGCUAAUGGUAGCCGAGAAAAUGAAUCAGCGACGAGGAUUCGGCAAAGCUUCGGUUUUGGUAUUCAUGAGGUAUAUUGCGGAGAAACAGGUCGAGAUCUUGGAGGAGUUUGUGCAGAGUCUAGAUGAGGGUGAAAGGGAGAAGGUGGUGCAGGCUGCUGGGUCAGAAGGAUUACGGCUGCAGUGUUUGAGUGUUAAGAUUGGGCAGGAGAAUGUGAGGAGCUUGGCGCUUUUUGAGAGCUUGGGAUUCGUGAAGGUUUCUGCUGAGCCGAACUUCUUUGGGGAGUUUGAGUUGAGAAGAUUGGAUUUGGCGGUUAGUGGGUUUGUCGAGGCUUUGGGGGUUGCUGGUGUUGAGGGCUACGUUGAGUUGGAUUAUCAGCGCAAGGAAUAG